GCUUUCCUUUUACACAAAUGACUGAAGCGUGAUCCCACAGCAUGUGUGGCUGGACAGGACGUCCCUGGAUGUCUUUCAUUUCUUUUCUCCAUCUUGGUUUUGUUAGCGGGCGCUGAAACGAAGGCAACGGAACAGUCUCGGCCACGUGGAUCCUACAUCCUGAAACUUUACCACAAUUAAGACCUGCUACAGAUGGACAACUCACAGAUGCAAAGAGGAAUUGUGAUUAAAGAUGACUGGCCGGGCUACAGUCUGGACCUGUUCACCUACCCCGAACACUACCACGAAGACAUCGAGAACGUUUACAUCCCACAUGGGGUAAUCAUGAACAGGACAGAGCGUCUGGCCCGAUACAUCAUGGAUGACUUCGGGGACAGCAACAUAAUGGUGCUGUGCGUCCUGAAAGGAGGCUACAAGUUCUGCGCAGAUCUGGUGGAGUUCAUCAAAGUUCUGGGUCGCAAUUCCAACAGAUACCUGGAGACGCGGGUGGAGUUUAUCCGUCUGAAGAGCUACCUGAAUGACCAAUCAACAGAGGACCUGCACAUCAUAGGAAGCCGAGAUCUGUCUUUUCUGCGUGGAAAAAGUGUGCUCAUUGUUGAGGCCAUCGUCGACACAGGAAAGACCAUGAAGGCCCUUCUGCAGCAUGUGAAGACCUUUGAACCCAAGAUGGUCAAGGUUGCGGGGCUGCUGGUGAAGAGGGUUCCUAACAUGGCUGAGAGCCUGACAGACUAUGUCGGAUUUGAAAUUCCCAACCGGUUCGUCGUGGGUUAUGCUCUGGACUACAAUGAAUACUUCCGGGACCUGAACCACAUCUGCGUCAUCAGCAAAACUGGAAAGACGAAGUACAAGGUUUGAGAGGAAUUACAGCCAUGAGUUAUGCACAGUUUUAAAAUAGAAGCACCUUCUAUUUUUUGUAACAGUGAGUCAAAUGGAUUUCCAGAAAGUAACUUUAUAUUUUUGUGCGAUUUGUAUGUUUUUAAGUGCUUUCAAGUAAAAUAGUAUUAUUCAUUUCGAAGCAGCCAAUCCAAACGUCUGGAAGGACUCUGUAAGAUGACUUUAAAUUAAUAAACAAAUGUUGGAUUUGAUGUAA